UGAUCUAAGUUAAACCCAAAAAGGAGAAUCACCUAGACAGGCUACAGGGUAGCAAGACAUACAAGUACUAAGUAUAAAUUCGUAGGCCUAGGCGCACACUCUUUGGCACUGACUUCAAGACCAGCCAUCGCCACCUACAUACACACACCAAUCUCUCCCUUCCUGCCCUCGCCAAAACCCCCUAAUUAAUACACACGCGCAGGCGCAGUUGGGGUGAUCUUGCUUCUCACAAAUGGCUCCUGCUGCUUCUACACAUUCUUCAGAUACCAUCAAGCCCAGAGAUGUUUGUAUUGUUGGUGUUGCGCGUACACCAAUGGGAGGAUUUCUUGGGACCCUUUCAUCCUUAUCAGCCACAAAACUUGGAUCCAUAGCUAUUCAAAACGCCCUUAAAAGGGCAAAUGUCGAUCCAGCACUUGUACAAGAGGUUUUCUUUGGAAAUGUUCUCUCCGCUAAUUUGGGUCAGGCUCCUGCUAGGCAAGCAGCUCUAGGGGCAGGUUUGCCUAAUACAGUAGUAUGUACUACCAUCAACAAAGUUUGUGCAUCAGGGAUGAAAGCAACAAUUCUCGCAGCGCAAAGUAUUCAGUUGGGUAUCAACGAUAUUGUUGUGGCUGGUGGAAUGGAAAGCAUGUCCAAUGUCCCCAAAUACAUAGCAGAAGCAAGGAAAGGAUCCCGGUUUGGACAUGAUUCUCUUGUCGAUGGAUUGUUAAAAGAUGGGCUUUGGGAUGUGUAUAAUGAUUUUGCCAUGGGAUCUGCUGCCGAGAUAUGUGCCGAGCAACAUGGUGUCUCAAGAGAGGAUCAGGAUAACUUUGCCAUUCAAAGCUUUGAGCGUGGCAUUGCUGCUCAAAAUGAGGGUGCUUUUACGUGGGAAAUAGCACCAGUUGAAGUUUCUGGGGGAAGAGGAAGGCCAUCAACGAUUGUUGACAAGGAUGAAGGUCUAGGAAAGUUUGACGCUGCAAAGUUGAAAAAGCUCCGUCCAAGUUUCAAGGAUAAUGGUGGCACCGUCACUGCUGGCAAUGCUUCCAGUUUAAGUGAUGGUGGUGCUGCACUAGUCUUAGUCAGUGGAGAGACAGCAGUGAAGCUUGGACUAGAAGUGAUUGCAAAGAUUGCAGGUUAUGGUGAGGCAGCUCAGUCUCCAGAGCUAUUUACAACUUCUCCAGCUCUUGCAAUACCAAAAGCUAUUUCUAGUGCUGGCAUAGAGGCUUCUCAAGUUGAUUUCUAUGAAAUUAAUGAAGCUUUUGCGGUUGUGGCUCUUGCAAACCAGAAAUUGCUUGGCCUAGAUCCAGAGAAGGUUAAUAUACAUGGUGGAGCUGUUUCUCUGGGACAUCCCCUAGGUUGCAGUGGCGCUCGUAUCUUGGUCACUCUUUUGGGGGUACUAAAGAAGAAGAAUGCGAAAUAUGGAGUUGGUGGUGUGUGCAACGGCGGAGGAGGCGCAUCAGCACUCGUUUUAGAGCUUGUCUAGUUCUUCUUAUCAGGCAGGAUAAUCACAUGGGACGAGACAAUUGUGCUGUGAAGACUUUGGUUUAUAUGACCCUCCAUGUGUUGUGCUAUUUUGCCAUUCAUGCCCCCAACCCUCUUUUGUAGAAGAAUGGCUUUCUUUUCUUAUGUUUUUUUCCAAAUAUCAGAUAGUGUAUUUUAGAUCAAUAAUAACGUAGAUGCAGUGUUCUCUCUACCAAUAAUAAAAUCAGUUUGCAAUGUUUCCA